AUGUUUUCUGCUAUACUUUCUGAAGCUUCACGGGCCCAGGUUGCUCAAGGUGCUCAAUGGCUACUCGACGUCAUGGGUGGUGCCCCGGUCUUGACUUCCAAAGUCAACUAUAAGUUGUGUUUGGCGGUCGCGGUCUUCGUAUUGAUCAUGGAUCUCCUCAACAAAGUCUCACCCUCGUUCUCGAGCGAUGUGAACAAAUUCCUUGCUCGCGUUCAAGAAGAGCUCGAUUACUUUUCACCAUCAGAACUAGGACAAUCACUGACUCCUUUACUCAGCACCAAGAAACACUCGUCAAUUCUGCCUUACGGCACCAUGGAGAAAAGUCCACGACAAGAUGUCUCUGCGCCCUCCAUCUCUGGGCCGUUUGUGAAUCUGCAUGAAAAUCUUACCAAGAUUUCAGUGCAAGAGAAAGCGAAAAACUAUCAUCAGGGAGCUUUUGAAACCAAAAGCGCGAAGCGUUUCCCCAACUUCCGCGCCACUCAGUCAAGCACCCUAGAUCACGUUCACGCAUCGAUAUAUGCCCAACAUUUCAGCUCUUCAGGUCAGUCUACUACUGCUAAUGCCUCUGACAUAUCUUAUGUGCAGUCACUGAUCGGUAACCUGUGUUAUAGAUCAUCCUGA